UUAGGUGCAGCAAUUGUUUUUCACAAAAUUUUGUGUUUUUGGAGUGCAGGGUCAUAUAUUCCAAAUCCUAGAUAAGGAAACAGAAAUUUGAAUCCGAAAUGAAUAGAUGUAUCUCCUCAUCCUCAUAUGCUCAUCAUGCACGUCUUCUCCUUAUGAAUGUUUUUUUGGUUCUUGCUGUAUUUACCAUGAGUUAUAGUUGUACUAGUUCAGUGACAACCCUGCAAGAGAGUAACGAUAUGGACCAACCUCCGGCGAUAUUUGUUUUGGGAGAUUCCUUGGUUGAUCCUGGAAACAUUAACUACGUUAAUCCGCUUAAAAAUAAUAACUUCCCAUAUGGAAUUGAUUUUCCUACCGGGAAAAGAUUUACAGGUCGUUUUUGCAAUGGAAGAACAGUUAUCGACAUCAUAGGAGAAGAGUUGGGAGUGAAAGAUUACAUUCCUCCUUACUUGGAUCCAACAACAGUUGGAGAUGUCGUUCUCCGGGGAGUCAAUUAUGCUUCUGGUGGUGCUGGAAUUUUUAACGACACUGGCGCUGUCUUUGGUAAUCGGAUUAACAUGGAUGCACAGAUCGAUUACUAUGCGAACACAAGGAACUACAUAAUCUCGAAUAUCGGUAGUGGUGGUUCUAAGAAACUUCUUAACAAAGCUCUCUUCUUUGUGAUAGUGGGUGCCAAUGAAUUCAUUGAUAACUACUUCACUCCAUUUUUCUCAAUACCUGAGCAGAAGUUGGUUUCCCCGGAAAUGUUUGUUGAUUCAAUGAUCUCAAAAUUCAGACUUCAACUAACAAGAUUGUAUGAAAUGGAUGCAAGAAAGAUUGUGGUUGCAAAUGUUGGACCUGUUGGUUGCAUUCCAACAGAAAGAACUUUGAAUUACAGAUGGUACGCAAUUGGUGAUGAUUCUUGCAGGAGUGUGAUGAAUAAUGCAGCAAUGUUAUUCAACAAGAAACUAAAGAGCCUAAUCAUGGAGUUGAACUCAAACCUUGUUGGAUCCAAAUUUGUAUAUGGAGAUAGCUACAACAUGCUUUCUCAUAUUACUACUAACUAUAAAUCCUACGGUUUUGAGAAUUAUAAAUGUGGGUGUUAUAAUGUACUUCUGGAUCCAACUCAAGGAUUGCACUACCCGGAGCCAUUAGUUUGCGAGGACCGGUCCAAGUAUGUAUUUUGGGAUUUUGCUCAUCCAAGUGAAGCUACUAAUCUCAUUUUAGCAAAGAUGUUUCUCGACGAUCAUGGUUCUAGAUACACAUAUCCAAUGAAUGUUCGCCAACUCUACUACUCAUGAUUUGUUUCUGGAAGAUUGUGAGUGAGUUCAAGCCUUCCAUCCGUUGC